GUUUACCAAUUGCACAAGAUUCACAACCCCAACAUGACGAGAAAAUAGACGAAAGACAGCAGCAUAAAACAAAUAUCCACAUUUGAAGAGCCAUAUAAGGAUGCCCUCCCGUUCAGCCAUUGCGAAAAAGAAUUCCCCUUCUUCAAAACAAGCCACCUCCUCGACCUCCCCCCUCAUCCAGCUAUAAGCUCCAACAGUCAUUCAGCCACCCUCUUUGUCAAUCUACCAUAACGUUCACAUACAAACAGCCCCUAUUAAAUUUACCAUCCAUCAUGUGCUGUGGUAGUGUCUCAAAAUCCAAAUUCAAGAGCAAGGCAGCUGAGGGACAAUCACCAACACCCGGCUCCCCAAACAGAGCAUUUACAAAUCAGCCGAGUCUCGGGACUCGGGCUAUGAUGCAUGGUGCUCGCUCACGCAGCGCUCAACCAUUCGGCCAGCCUCAAGCAUCUCCACUCAAGAGGAACAGCCAGGCCGCGAUUAGGGUUUCUGCUGGAAAUGUACUUCAACAGAGCCUCGGGACUAGGGCUACGAUGCAUGGUUCUCGUUCACGGAGCUCUCAGGUAUUUGGCCAACCUCAAUCCAAGUCUCAGGCUUCUGGCAUGCCUACGAAACAGUACGCGAAACAGUGGCCCUGGGAAUAGGAUGACGUUUUUAGCUGUUCUUGUCUUCACAAGGUCAGGAUUACAAUUGGAAGGAAUACGCUAGGCUGCUUCCUCCUAUCUCUUUUUGGGAAGUCGGAUAUAAUUAGAAGGUCUUAUGCUCAAAGGACGCGAAGUCGACCAUGCUCGCCAUUUUACUCUUCUACGAUGCCCAAGGCACGGGAUAAUUAAAGAGACACUUGUCAGAGAGAGAUGCUAGAUGUCUCUGUAGAUAUUAUCAAAUAGAGAAGACAAGAGGCUAGGAAGGGAAAGGCCGCCUGGGAUUGGAUAAGGAGAGAAUAAAGCAAUAAUUCACGAAUUCAGCUAUUGUUGAUAAGGUUUGCAUAACACAAGAGGCACGAAUCCUCGAGCUGUGGGAAGUUAAAUCCAUAAACACACUUGACGCCAGGGCUGUGGCGCAGUAUGAAGAACUCUAUGUAAACGUGGCCAAAAGAACAUAGUCUGUUCACAGCCUAUCUAGAAUACUGCCUCAACUUUGACAAAAGAACAUGUUUAAUUGUUACUAUACUUUGUGGUUCGACAUCUCCAUCAGCUAGCUAUCAAUGAACCAACGACACUGCGGGCGAAAGGCAAGAUAAUGCUGCAUCUCGUACUCCUACUUCUUAAAAGCCCCAUUGGACAUCUCAU